GGAUCAGGCCUGGCUCACAAGCUGGACACUGGAUAGUGAACUUUCUUACCCAGAUGGGCCCUCCCUAAGUGGAGAAGGAAGGUGUUGGUGUUGUGCAACUAUAACUCUCUGUUGCUGUGUAGUCAGUCAUUUCAGCCCUAUACCCUGUAUAAUGCAAAUUUGUAUAAGGGGAUCAGCAUGAAUGAGCUGGUGAUUGGGCAAUCCUUUGUGAUGCUGAAGAAAGGAGAUAUAACUGCGGAGUGUACAGACGCCAUAGUGAAUAUCAAUAAUGAUUCUCUGGUCCAAAACUUUGGGGUAUCCAAAGAAAUAUUAUCAGCUGCUGGAGAUCUUGUUAAAGAAGAGUGCUAUUUGUUAGGCCAGCAGCCCCAUGGUGAUGUUGUUGAGACUGGAGCUGGGAAUCUACAAUGUAGAAAAUUAAUUCACGUGAUUGGUGCCUCAGACUGGUACAGUAUAAUUGCUGGAGUAAAGAAGGUUCUGGAAAAAUGUGACCAACUUCAUCUAAUAAGUGUUGCAUUUCCAGCUCUUGGAACAGGUGCAGGGGGCCUUUCAGCCAAGAGAUCCAUGGAGGCCAUCCUAACUGCCACAGAGGAAUAUCUGUCAGGAUCCAAAACAAGUUCCAUCUCAGAAAUCCACAUUGUGGCAUUUACUCAAAAUGUCUACCAGGAGUAUUUAAAUGUUUUUGACAGCAGAACCUUAACGCUCCAGAAAUUAAGCCUUCAUGCCCCAAUAUUUGGGAACACUGUGGAAAUAAUAAGAGGAGAUAUUACCUCCCUUAAUGUGGACUGUAUUGUGAAUUUAAAUAACGAAACACUGGAUCGGAUUAAAGGUGUUUCCGGGCCGAUAUUAUCAGCAGCUGGGGACAACGUGAAGAAUGAGUGUAGAAUACUAGGUGGAAUAAGACGAGGGAAGAUGAUAUUAACAAGUGGGGGCAAUUUAAGAUGCAAAAAAAUCCUGCACCUGAUUGGUCCCGAAAGUUCAGCUGAUAUAGCGUCUUCGUUGGAUAAGAUACUAUGGAAAUGUGAAAAACAUUCUUUGAAAACCGUUGCGCUGCCAGCCAUUGGAACAGGAGAAGCCGGCAUUGAUCUCAAUGACUCUGUACAAGAAAUGUUGCAAGGCCUUAACCAGCAUUUUCAGAAUGUCGUGAAUAGCAGGAUCGAAAAGAUAUAUAUCAUUGCUUUCACAGAGGAGAUUUACAGAGCAUUUCAAAUCAGAAGCUCAGACUUCCUGGAUAUAAACAUGAAUUUGGGAUUCAACGUUGUAAAAGCAACAAAUAACCCACCAACAUGGACAGCCAUGGGCACAGAUGAAUACUUGAUCGUUGAACUUCAGAGGGAUUCUACUGAAUUCAGGACAAUUGAAAACAAUUUCCUCAAAUCAGCCCACCCUUUGUGCUCUCAGGUGAUUAAGAUUGAAAGGGUUCAGAACGUGACACUGUGGAGAAUGUUUGACAUACAAAAAAAGUCUGUUCAAAAAUGUUAUCCCAAUCAGCAAAACCAAAAACAUCUUUAUCAUGGUUCCACUGAGGGCACAGUAACAAAGAUCAGCAUAUUUGGCUUCAACAGGAGUUUUUGUGGCAGAAAUGCUACAUGUUAUGGGAAAGGAACGUACUUUGCCAAAAAUGCCUCAUAUUCUUGUGAUAACAAAUACGCCCUUCCUGAUGCAAAUGGGCACAAACAUAUCAUCUUGGCAGCCGUGAUAACUGGAAAGUGGUGUUUGGGAAGAUCAGAUUAUUUGGAACCACCUCCAACUCUAGAAAACCCAAACCAACUCUACAACUGUGUGGUGGAUAACGUCUUUAACCCCAGUAUUUUUGUCACAUUCUCUGAUUAUGGCGCCUACCCGGAAUACUUGAUCACUUGUCAAUAGAUUCAGUGCCCAUGAACAGGCUCUCUGCUGCUUACUGCCAAUUGGACUUUUAUUCUAAAUUGAAUCUGAGCAGCAAAAAAUGAUCAAUACCAAUAAUCUCACCAUGCUGGAACCACAAGGCGAAGGGGUACAAACAAGCAACAAAGAUACUUUGGGGUCUCGCUAGUUAUAUGAUAUAGGGCUGCUAUGGUCUUUGGCUGUGGUCCUAUUCCAUACUUUUCUUACCCAUAGGAGCUGCACCACAUAGUCUCACUGUGUAAAGACCCUGGGACCCCUAAAUGUGAGCUCUGGACAUUAAGAAACACUGAAUUUUGUCACUUGUUUGUUUUUGCAUUCUGUCCGUAUUCACUGCCACAUAUGCACUGAUUAAAUAUUUACUUUCUUCCAUUC